UGUAAUGAGAGAGAGAGAGAGAGAGUCACUACAUGGCUUUUCUGUGUCUCUUUUUCUGAAGCUUCUGCUGCCGAUGGCACGGCUUUGCUCCCCACCUUCUCUCUUCCCUGCCCAUUGACGCCCACUCUCGACGCCCUUUCCCUUUCCUUUCCACUACGUAAAACCCCCCUUCGACACUUGUUGAGGGGAGCAUCUCCUCGAGGUUCUUCAUCCAUGGGCCGCCAACCGGAAGUUCUAUGGGCGCAGCGCUCCGACAAGGUUUACCUGACCGUGUCUUUGCCGGACGCGAGAGAUGUUUCCGUGGAGAGCGAGCCGCAGGGGGCGUUUAGGUUCUCGGCCGUCGGGGCUCAGGGCGAACACUUCGACUUCAGCCUCGAGCUGUACGAUUCGAUUGUUCCCGAGGCUAGUAAAACAAAUAUUGGGAUGAGGAACAUAAUCUGCUCAAUCAAGAAAGAGAAAAAAGGUUGGUGGAAGCGGUUGCAGAAGUCGGAGGAAAAACCUGCUCCAUAUAUCAAAGUUGAUUGGAAUAAAUGGUGCGAUGAAGAUGACGAAGAAUCUGACAUUGCUGACUCACUUGCUUCUGAUGAUGAAAACAAUGAGAUAAAUGGCAUGAAUGAUGAGAGCAGUGAUGAUGAUGGAUUACUCUAUCUACCUGAUCUAGAGAAGGCCAGAAGAAACUGACACCAAGACAUGCAAUGCAGAAAGCUAUCUAUCGUAUGUUCUGCUACUUCAGUAUUUUGCACAGCAUCUUUGGUAAUCACUCCUGUAAAACAAUGAAUUUGUUUAUGCUUUCAUCAACAUAUGCUUGUGAAAACAUACUCUUGCUGUAACUUACGAUGCCCACAAUUAGAGCUUGUUUCAAUGGAUUGAGUGUAUGUUUUUCAUAA